GUGCAUAAUCCUUCGUUUUUAAUCUUAUAUUUAUCUAGGUGAUGGCCAUGCUUAUGCAAAGCUAUGAGGACGAAUAUCAUGAAAUUAGCAAGAGAUUUCACGAUGAGUUAGAUGUUUUGCAAGGAACAUUGCAACGUGGAUCUGCAGGCUACACCGCACCCCCCGCUUCUGGUAUCUCAAGCCGCCAGCAACGGUGCGCCAGCUUAUCCAAUCUUAUCGCACAGAUGAAGGAUCUCGUAGUUAACAUGAACUAUGAAUGCAGCGACCUCCCGGUGGCGCUACAGAAGGCGUGCAAGGGGCGCAUUGACAGGUUCAAGGAGGACAUACAAAAUCUGGAAAAGACUGUUGCAAAGAUGAAAGUUGAAGCGAGCGCCGCGGAUAGGCAGAAUUUACUCGGCGGCUCGAAGGAAAGGAUGAAUCCGACCGCCAGCAGCGGCCUCGCCGGUGAUGACCGGAAUGAGAUGGAUAUCGAGACACAAAAAUACCGAGCGCAAAUGAUGGAUAACACCAAAAAGUAUGAGGAUGCGUCAAAGACCCUCCUCCAUGCUGAACGCCUGCUGAACGACACUGAGAUGUCAGGCAACGAGACCCUCACUAACUUGCGGACGCAAACCGAGUCCAUGCGGCAAAUCCAAGAGACCGUCGUCAACGUUGACAGCGAGGUCUCUGAGUCGCGCAAAAUUCUAUUGAAAAUGCAACGUGCAAUGAUCAAGCAUAAACUCAUUCUCUUUGGUAUCAUCUCAAUUCUUAUCUUCCUCAUCCUCGUCGCCAUUUACGUCGAAGUUUCCAAAACGCGUAGAAAUCGUAUGCCGGAGCCCCCCAUGGAGCCCCCUUCCUCUACGAUCCCACCUUCAUCGAUUACUGGCUGACCACUUUUGUUCUUCAAGUUCAGGGGUGAACAAUUACACGUGUGUGCUCGCCUCCACGGUUGCGUUUGUGGUACGAUCGCACGAUGAGAGUUAUGACGAAAACAGCUCGUCUUGUUAUCUCUACGGUACAUCGGCAAUGCGAAUCUUGCUAUUGGUAAUGCAUCAGAGAAGAAAGAGGGGACUAUAUACUUAACCUCAUUCAUAUAUAUAUAUAUAUUCUUGAUAAAUCUUGCUUUGUGUUGCUUUAUGCGGGUUGAUGUUGUGUACACGAGCAAUUUCUUCACCAAAAGAACUAAAAUCAUCUGGCUUGACUAGAACAGGAAUUGCGGUGUAUUAGAAAGACUGGUUUCGGAAUUAGUGACGUGUUAUCAUGUGAAUGAGAAUAUUUUAAGCCCAUUUUGUUGCUUCAGUGAUAUAAAAAAACGCUUGA